AUGACUGGUGCCGAAAUGGCUGGUAACGAAAUGACUGGUGCCGAAAUGGCCCGGUGCCGAAAUGGCUGGUAACGAAAUGUCGCGGAGACAUUCUCAUGGUAUCAGUGAACCCCUAAAAUUGAAUAUAUUGUUUUUCGCGAACAAAAUACAAAGACAGGACCUUAAAAAUCGAAAUCUGCAUCACAAAUAACUCCCGAUUCCCGAAAUUUUCACCUGUUUCGGAUAACCAACGCGCGGCGAGAGAUCUCUGAUGCUUCCGCCGAAUUCGUACAGAAUCUUGAAAGUUUAACAUGUUUUUUAUUGCUUCCUUAUAAUUAGGACGGUGCGAAUGUAAGUGGAACAUUCGGCAAAAGUCCCGUAUACGAAUGAACAGGUGAAAAAUUCCGGUGAAAAGGUGCGGAAUUUGCUUUCUUAUUCUCAAAUUCCUUCAACUAUUAUCAAACUGCUUGACAUGUCUCAGGUAAGUAUUGUAGCAUCUAUUUUUUCAAUAACCGGACCUAGGUAGAAGCGGACUACCUGUUGUCCCAAAGUACAGAGUACACGUACUCGGAGUGGUCGAUCAUCGGUUCCUCGUGCGAGCACAUCCACACGCCGCGCCUCGACGACGCACAAUAUCUGCUGAGUCUGCACGCGAUCACACUCAUUUCGGUGCCGUUCAACGUGAUCGCCAUCUACUGCAUCCUCUUCCAUUCAGACACACAAAUGGGCCACUUCAAGUGGUGUCUGCUCAACUUGCAGUUCUGGUACGUUCCAUCCAGGGGUGUGCGGAAAAUUUCGGAAAAUCGGUUUUUCCGAAUUUUUUUUUCGGAAAAUUUCGGAAAAUCGGGUUUUCCGAAUUUUUUUUUCGGAAAAUUUCGGAAAAAUCGGAAAAAUCGGAAAACUCACUUGUUCAUUGGUUCAAUAAAGUGUUUAAACAACGUUCUAAUACAAAAAAAUGCUUAUUAUGAUUUGAAAUCACUUGAGUGGGCGGAAGCCAAGCAAUGGAAUAUUUUUUUGCAAAAAAAUUAGCCGAGAGAAGCUCUCCGGGUCCAGUGUUUUCCGAUUGUCAGUGAGAAUCAGGGGUGUGCGGAAAAUAUUUCGAUUUUUCCGAAAUUUUCCGAUUUUUCCGAGAAAUUUUUCGGAAAAAAAGACGCUCGCUGCUAGACCCUUCCAAAAAUUUUGUGAUGCGCCUUUAAAAAGCAUACGGUGGUUUCGGACAAAUUGACCUUGAAUCCACACUAAUUUUCCGAAAAUUUUCCGUCGGAAAAUUUUCCGAAAAUUUCUCGGAAAAUCGGAAAAUUUCGGAAAAUCGAAAUAUUUUCCGCACACCCCUGGUUCCAUCUCGGGAGGUCCGCUCAUUCGAGUGUUUUGCAGGAUAGCAAUGACCGAUUCGAUGAUAUCCGUCCUCGUCGUUCCUCGCUUCUACUUCCCCGUCAUUGGCGGACGGUCGCUGGGCGUACUGCUCCGGAUCGGGUUGGACAUUCCCAAACAGAUUUAUCUCGGAUUCGGGUGUCUUGGAGGUUCGUCUCACUGAGCUUCCCACAAAUUGUUAGAGGAUGGUUACAGUAUUCCUACAGGCUUGUAAGAUAGACCCUGCUUUGAAAACGUAUAGAGUGUGCAGUGACCAGCUGAUUCUAGAAGAGAACAUGUGAAUUAUUCAGAGUCCGUCUGUCUGGUCUACGACAUAAAACUGAACACCUACACGAACGUGUUACGAAAGAGAGAAGUACACGGCGAAAUGGAAGAGCUGGCCUAG